ACUCACAGAAUACCCUUUAAGCCUAUCGUUAAAUCUACAGACUGUUCUCAUGUACCACCUCACUACUGACAGUGCACAUGGCAAGAAGACCCCAGUGGCCUGCUACUGACACAACCUACACAAUUCUCAAGAUACAUAUGCAUCUCUCUCCUUUGAUUACACGCAUGUGAGGACUCAGACUCGGAUCACCUCAUAUCAUAACAGCUCUGUAACAGUUCCUCAAAAUUAAUCCCCAGAUCUCAUAUCACAAACAUGCUUCUGCUAACCUUUCCCACUUACUGCUUCCAUUAUUCAGUACAGUUAGUUAUAACAAAACCACUGAAAGCAACUGGAAUACAUGCAGAUAAUUCCCAGUCUUUCUUGCCAACUCCAGGGUGGCAGAGUAUGGGUUGCAUGGGUGUUUCCUUAACUCUAUUUCCUGGUUUUCAGAAGUUUGAGUUUUGCCAAACUUGAUGUUCUGGAAGACCACAAGUGACCACAGGGUGAUUUUAACUUUGCAUUGACUUUUUUUUGCAUUAAAUAGUUUCUUGAGCACAAGUCAUACAAAAGCUUUUUUUGAAUCAGGCUGUUAGUACCUGCAGGAUUGGAACUUGGGACUGUGGGAUUUUGGGGCCACUGAUGCCCCUGCAUCACAGGAAGAGAUGGGCUCCCACAGAAGGACCCUGUGUCGCUGGGCUUGGCCGGAAGAACCUCCCAGCACGACUGGAGUAGUGGCCUCAGACAGUUCCCUGAUUGGCCAAAACCAGUAUGUAAACCAGGAAGCCAUGAAGGGGAGCUGUGUGAGCCACAGAUUGCCUGCCUGUCUCUGCUCCAGACCAUACCCGUGACCCUGCCUGCCUCCUGAUGCCUGAAUCUUGGUUUGCCCUCUGGCCUGUCAUGGAUUUUGACUUCCCGGUAACCUGACCCUGCCUGCCUUUUGACACCUGCCUCUUGGUUUCCACUCUUGUCUAUCCUGGACUGUGACCUCCUGAUGCCUGACUCCUGCUCUGACCACCCACAUCCUGAUCAUGACAGUUUACUCAGACCCUCUUGCCCUCCCCUUCCUCCCCCCGCAAAUGCAUCUAUCUCCUCCAGAGAUGAUAGAAGGGGCAAGCCGUCCAACCAUGGGUCCCUGAGGGCCCAAGGCCCAGUUGCCUAUCUGGAGGCAGAGAACCUUGCACUACAGACCCAUGCUACGCAGUGUGCACUCAAAGCCCUGGUCUACACUAGGACUUUAGGUCGAAUUUAGUAGCGUUAAAUCGAUGUAAACCUGCACCCGUCCACACGAUGAAGCCCUUUAUUUCGACUUAAAGGGCUCUUAAAAUCAGUUUCCUUAUUCCACCCCUGACAAGUGGAUUAGCGCUUAAAUCGGCCUUGCCGGGUCAAAUUUGGGGUACUGUGGACACAAUUUGACGGUAUUGGCCUCCGGGAGCUAUCCCAGAGUGCUUCAUUGUGACCGCUCUAGACAGCACUCUCAACUCAGAUGCACUGGCCAGGUAGACAGGAAAAGAACCGCGAACUUUUGAAUCUCAUUUCCUGUUUGGCCAGCGUGGCAAACUGCAGGUGACCAUGCAGAGCUCAUCCGCAGAGGUGACCAUGAUGGAGUCCCAGAAUCGCAAAACAGCUCCAGCAUGGACUGAACGGGAGGUACGGGAUCUGAUCGCUGUAUGGGGAGAGGAAUCCAUGCUAUCAGAACUCCAUUCCAGUUUUCGAAAUGCCAAAACCUUUGUGAAAAUCUCCCAGGGCAUGAAGGACAGAGGCCAUAACAGGGACCUGAAGAAGUGCUGCGUGAAAUUUAAGGAGCUGAGGCAAGCCUACCAGAAAACCAGAGGGGCGAACGGCCGCUCCGGGUCAGAGCCCCAAACAUGCCGCUUCUAUGAUGAGCUGCAUGCCAUUUUAGGGGGUUCAGCCACCACUACCCCAGCCGUGUUGUUUGACUCCUUCAAUGGAGAUGGAGGCAACACGGAAGCAGGUUUUGGGGGCGAAGAAGAUGAGGAUGAUGAUGAGGUUGUAGAUCGCUCACAGCAAGCAAGCGGAGAAACCGGUUUUCCCGACAGCCAGGAACCGUUUCUCACCCUGGACCUGGAGCCAGUACCCCCCGAACCCACCCAAGGCUGCCUCCUGGACCCAGCAUGCGGAGAAGGGACCUCCGCUGCAUGUGUUUCAAUGAUCACAGGAUCUUCUCCUUCCCAGAGGCUAGUGAAGAUUAGAAAGAAAAAAAAACGCACUUGUGAUGAAAUGUUCUCCGAGCUCAUGCUGUCCUCCCACACUGACAGAGCACAGACGAAUGCGUGGAGGCAAAUUAUGUCAGAGUGCAGGAAAGCACAAAAUGACCAGGAGGAGAGGUGGUGGGCUGAAGAGAGUAAGUGGUGGGCUGAAGACAGGGCUGAAGCUGAAAGGUGGCGGCAGCGUGAUGAGAGGAGGCAGGAUUCAGUGCUGAGGCUGCUGGAGGAUCAAACCAGUAUGCUCCAGUGUAUGGUUGAGCUGCAGCAAAGGCAGCUGGAGCACAGACUGCCACUACAGCCCCUGUGUAACCAACCGCCCUCCUCCCCAAGUUCCAUAGCCUCCAUACCCAGAUGCCCAAGAACGCGGUGGGGGGGCCACUGGCCAACCAGCCACUCAGCCACAGAGGAUUGCCCAAAAAAAAGAAGGCUGGCAUUCAAUAAAUUUUAAAGUUGUAAACUUUUGAAGUGCUGUGCUUAAAGUGCUGUGUGGCAUUUUCCCCCUCCUCCACCACCCCUCCUGUGCUACCUUGGUAGUCAUCCCCCUAUUUGUGUGAUGAAUGAAUAAAGAAUGCAUGAA